UACCAAACAAACAAGUCUGUAGAAUUAGAGUGUCCUUGAAACUCUUUAGUCUCUCAACAAUGGCAAUUGAAAAUGUCUCAAAGGAAGAGGAAGAGAAAAUGAUGAAAGUGAAAGUCCUUAGCAAAACCCAUGUCAAGCCUAAUAAACCAAUAGGAAGGAGAGAGUGUCAAUUGGUCACAUUUGAUCUUCCUUAUUUAGCCUUUUACUAUAACCAAAAGUUGUUGAUUUACAAAGGGGGGGUUGGUGUUGAUUUUGAGGAGAUAGUGGGAAGAUUGAAAGAUGGGUUAGGGGUAGUUUUGGAAGAAUUUUAUCAAUUGGGUGGGAAGCUAGGGAAGGAUGAGGAUGGUAUUUUUAGGGUGGAAUAUGAUGAUGAUAUGGAAGGGGUGGAUGUGGUGGUGGCGACGGCGGAGGAGAUCGAGACGGCGGAGCUAAUGGUGGAGGAGGGGACUAGCAAGUUGAAGGAGUUGGUGCCUUACAAUGGUGUCUUGAAUUUGGAAGGGCUUCACAAGCCACUCUUGGCAGUGCAGAUUACGAAACUGAAAGACGGACUAGCCAUGGGAUGUGCAUUCAACCACGCUAUCCUCGAUGGGACCUCCACGUGGCACUUCAUGACGUCAUGGGGCGAGAUCUGCUGCGGGUCCCACAUCUCGGUACCACCUUUCCUCGACCGCACCAAAUCCCGCAACACGCGUGUGAAGAUCAACCUCUCCCAACCAUCCGAUGCCCCCGAAUCAUCGUCCAACGUUGAUGUCGCCAACCCUGGCCCACCACUCCGCGAAAAAGUCUUUAAAUUCUCCGAGUCAACGAUCGAUCAGAUCAAAUCAAAGCUCAACUCCGACAAAUCAGACGGUUCAAAACCAUUCACCACAUUCCAAUCCCUUUCGACACACGUGUGGCGAGCCGUCACACGUUCCCGACAGCUCAACCCUACUGACAUCACCGUGUUUACAGUCUUCGCCGAUUGUCGGAAAAGGGUUGAGCCGCCGAUGCCGGAGAGCUACUUCGGGAACUUAAUUCAGGCGAUAUUCUCCGGCACGGCGGCGGGAUUGUUGUUGGCGAAGCCGCCGGAGUUUGGGGCGACAACAAUUCAAAAAGCGAUUGAAAUGCACAAUUCGAAUGCGAUCGAUGAGCGAAACAGUGAGUGGGAGAGAGAUCCGAAGAUAUUUGCGUUCAAAGACGCAGGAACCAACUGUGUGGCGGUGGGAAGUUCACCCAGGUUUAAGGUUUACAACGUAGAUUUUGGAUUUGGGACACCAGAGAGCGUCAGGAGUGGGUCGAACAACCGAUUUGAUGGGAUGGUGUAUCUGUAUCAGGGGAAAACUGGUGGUCGAAGCAUUGAUUUGGAGAUCACUCUGGAGGCUACCGCUAUGGAGAGGUUGGAGAACGACAAGGAGUUUCUCAUGGAGGCCUAGACAUGGUUCGAAAUAUACUUUCACUUCCUAAUCCUUCACAAAAUCAGAUACAAAAUAUAAAUGAAUGGACAAAAUUUUACUAAAUUUAAAAAUAAAAAUUAUCCAUUCAUAUAUAUUUUGAAUCUAAUUCUAUGUUAUUUAUUAGGAAAGUUGACUAUCUUAUUUUUAUUUUUGUUAUUAUUUAAAAUGCCUGUGUUGUCUAUUUUAAAUAUGACAUAAAGUAGAUUGAUGAUUUGGAAAUUUGAUGUUUGUUUCUGGGAUUUAUAUAUGCAAA